GUUUUUUUUUUACUACAGAAAAUCAUAUAUGACAAAAACAAAGGAAAUUAAUGCAGUUCUUGAGGGUCUAGAUUUUGUGUGUAAUGAUGAUAAAAUAUAUACAGAUUGUGCAUCACAAAUACACUAUUAUAAUAUUAAUAAACAAUAUAAUACCGGAUAUGAUACAAAAACUUAUACUUCACCAAAGUCAAAAACUACAAUUCUUCAAAUUCCUUCAAAACCUUCUGAAUCAUAUAAUCAAAAAGAAAACAGCCAAAAGUCCAUAUUAUCCUCUGAAACCUUUCAACAAAAGAAUUACUACCACAAAAAUUAUAUAUAUUUAAUAUUGGAAGAAGAACCGAGAAUACCCGUAGAUAAUUAACUCUUAAAAAUAGCAAAUUUUAAAACAUACUUACCCAAAGUUUUUGAAAACCAGUAAUAAAUUAGGCCUAUGCCUGAUGCUAUUCCAGUGGCCAGAUCUUAUCCAUUUCAUAAAAUCUGAAUUCAUUAUUAAUAAAUUAUAAGUAUUUAAAGUUUAGCUGCGCGGAGUGGAGUGGUACGGGGUUACCCCGCAAAAUGUUUGUCCACUACUCCGCUUGUCUAAACUUUGAAUAAGUAUAACUUAUAAACUACUCACCCUAAAUUCGAUUUGUAUGUAUCGAAUUACUCAGAAAAUUAUUCUGCUUUGGAAUAUGAAAUUAAAAAUCUAUGUUGUCAUUCAAAAAAGUAAAAAACUUAAAAAAUUAUAAGGAUAAAAAAUAUUUAAAAAUAUAAUUUUUUUUAUAAAAAUGUUGUUUUUUAACAAUUUGAAACUAUGUAAAAAAAUAUUUU